CUGCCUGCGCACCAAGGCUGCCAGAAAAUAUGGGUAGAGCACAUGAUUGCAGGGCUCCGCACUUACCUAAGCCAUUCACAGGCUCAGCAUCACACAGUUGAUUCAGCACCUUGCUAAUAGCGCACACAUUAACUGCAGCACAGAUCAGAGGAGGAGUGCAGUAAUGAGAGAGAGAGAGAACCGGCGUUUAUUGCUUCUCAGUGUAUGCGUGUGUGUCUGUGUUGAGCAAAUGUGUGCACGGUGCGUCUAGUGUGUGUUUGCGAGAGAAAGAGAAAUAGAGGGAGGGACGGAGAGAGGAAGGGAGAGAGGGAGAAAGCGGACGUGUGUUAGUGAGAGCUUGGGAGGAAAGGAUGGCUGCUCAUGUUUGAACUGCCUCAAAUGCUCAAAGGGAGAGUCAAGGCAAAAAUUCAGCAGAGAAACAGACGUCUCACUGGGGGACGCAUCUUGUUCAUCAUUUGUGGGGAAGCAGAGAAGAUUUGGCAAUGCCUGCUGAAGUGAAAGAGGAGCAGAGUUCAGAGGGGCCUCCUCCACUAUCUUUGUCCCAGGAGGCUAAAGAGACGACUCUGGAGAACCCGUCCGCCAAUGACGAACUGGACACGCCCACCUCCAUCGCCUCUGUGAUGACCUCGACCAAUGAGAGCUCCACGGAGACAGACACCCCGCAGCAGACAGACACUGAGGAGUCCAAGGCCGUGGAACAAGAGGGCGAACAGGCCCCCAGUGAGACCCAAGAAGCCUCAGAGACACAGCAGGAGACACCAGACACACCUGAUCUCACAUCAACUCCAGAGGUUCAAGAUAACACUCCUAUUGAGCAACCUACUCCUGAAGCAAACCUUGAACCCAUUGAGCCCGUUACACCGACCACACCGACCAGCAGCACCACCACAGCGCCCUCACAACCUCAGGCGGCGCAGCAGUCCGAGGAGCCUCGGCCAGUGAACCCAGACAGGCAGAGCAGAGUGUAUACCCUCCCUGACAGCUACAGAGGCAUCGGGGGUGACUUGUGUCCAGGGUAUGGAAGCCUGUCCCGCACCACCCUCCACGGCUACUGGCCCGCCAAGAACUUCCAGCCCGGGGCCCACUACACCUUACCCUUCCUCAGGGACAGCUACGCUCCGGCAGGCCUCAGCAGCCAGGCAGAGGAGGACGGCGUCACCGAACGGGGAGAGAACCCUCUGGACAUGAAGACCGACCACCCAGCUGGCAGUUACCCAACACUGGGGGGAAUCCACCAGUUCAGGCCGAUCACCACCAUGGAGCUCCUCAGGGAGCCCUCAAGAACCAGAGGUGGUUAUGACGACGCCUUCAUGGCCCAGCUGGAGGGGAACCUGAAUCCUUUCUUCCAGGCCAUGUGCCGAGCGCAGACCCUGCAGUUCCCCCACAAGCGCAGCAGCAUGGUCAGCCUAGACAGCAUCCGCAGAGACCCGCGCUGGAGAGACCCCAACCUGCACGAGGUGAUCUCCAUGCUCAGCCACCCGAUGGACCCGGUCAAGUCCAACGCCGCCGCCUAUUUGCAGCACCUGUGCUAUGAGAACGACCGCAUCAAGCAGGAGGUGCGCCAGCUUAACGGGGUGCCCAUCUUGGUGGAGCUAUUGGACCACCCUAAGCCCGAGGUCCACCGCAAGGCCUGUGGCGCUCUGCGCAACAUAUCCUACGGAAAAGACCACAACAACAAAAUGGCCAUCAAGAACUGUGAUGGCAUCCAAGCUUUAGUCCGACUAAUGAGGAAGUCAAGCAGCAUGGAGGUCAAAGAGUUAGUCACAGGCACUCUGUGGAACCUCUCCUCACAUGAGCCGCUGAAGAUGUUGGUUAUCAACAACGGGCUUCAAACACUGACUGAUGAGAUCAUCAUCCCGCACUCAGGCUGGAGGAGAGACUCAGCCGAGCCCUCCAAACUGCUGAGUGCCGAGUGGACCACAGUCUUCAAGAACACCUCCGGAUGUCUGAGGAACGUCAGCUCAGAUGGGGCGGAGGCUCGACAGAGGUUGAGGGAGUGUGAGGGGCUGGUGGACGCCCUCCUUCAUGCCCUUCACUCAGCUGUUCUCAACAAGGACACUGAUAAUAAGUCAGUGGAGAACUGCGUGUGCAUCCUGCGAAACCUGUCAUAUCACGUUCACAAAGAGAUACCAGGAGCGGAGCGAUUUCAGGAGCCUCAUGCCAAUAAUCUGAUGAGAUCAGUGGGGCACCAGAAGAAGAAGAAUGAGCCUGACUGUUUUGGAGGGAAAAGACCCAAAGAGGAGUGGUUCAAUCAAGGUUGGAAAAAUGGAUUAAUGGACAGAAAAUACGGUACAUUGGAUUUACCAAAACGUACAGAACAAAUGAAAGGCUUGGAGCUGCUAUACCAGCCAGAGGUGGUUAGGCUCUACCUCUCUCUUCUCACUUGCAGCCACAACCACAACACCCUGGAGGCGGCCGCAGGGGCGCUGCAGAACCUCGCUGCAGGACACUGGGCUUGGUCCAGCUACAUCCGGGCCACAGUGAGAAAAGAGAAAGGGCUGCCUAUCCUGGUGGAGCUGCUGCGCUCAGAGGCGGACAAAGUGGUGCGAGCUGUGGCUAUUGCUCUUCGCAACCUGGCGAUGGACAGAAGGAAUAAAGACCUAAUAGGGAGCUAUGCUUUGAGGGACCUUGUCGGUAAUCUGCCAUGUGGGCAGCAGCACCCAGCAAAGAAUCUUGAGGGUGAUACGGUGGUGUCUAUUCUGAACACCAUCCAUGAGAUCAUCACAGAUAGCCCAGAGAACGCCCGAGCACUCAUACAGGGUCACGCAGUGCAGAAACUGGUGGCCAUCAACAAGUCAAGCCAAUCAUCACGGGAGACCAAGGCAGCUUCCCACGUGCUCCAGACAAUAUGGGCCUACAAGGACCUGCGAAACGCUCUGAUCAAGGCUGGUUGGACCAAGGGCCACUUUAAGCCAACAACUACCGGAGUGACUAAAAAAUCCAAGAGUGGAAAGCAAGGCAGCGAUGACAUCACCUUGCCUCUCAUGGACAAAAACCAAGAUGUAUAUUCCACUUUAGAGCCAAAUGAUAGAGUUGGAGAUGGAAAAGGGCCUGUUGUGGAAAGAGACACUCUCCAGGCGAUAAGUGAGAGGAAACACUUCAUCAGAGCUGGCAGGCCUGCAGUGGGCCUCAUGGAUAACAAACCUCCACCACUGGACUCCUGGGUGUAAACAUGACAACACAGCCAGUUAAAUCCCGUAGAGACACUUUCCAUUGGUGAAAUACGGAUUUGUGCCAUUCGCUCCAUCCUUGUACAGACAGAGAAACCCGUUCAAUUAAAAAUAACUUCCUUUGUUUACAGGAAAUAGUGUGCCAAACAUUUACAUGUAUUUAUUAUGGAGGAUAUUUGGCAAAAGAUUUAAUAGAUUUUGUCAUUUAGGACUGUAUGCCUGAAACUCACGAUGGAUUAUGUAUGACAUCUGAAAUAGCCUAAAUAUGCAAACUGUGGUGAAUCAUGACUCCAAAGAAUAUAUGACAUGUACAAUUUGAAUUUUACUGCUACAAAAGUAUGAGAUCAUUUAUAAUACUUCUAGUUUGUCAAGCUUAAGGCCUAAAGUGACACGUGGAUCUGUUGUCGUCCAUCCCCAUGGGUUCUGGGCUAAAGAAGAUUCUGAUAUAAAAUCAUUUUAAAAAUAUUUUUGGUCAGUGUUUGAGAUAAUUAGGAUUAGGGCUAUCGUCGGCCUAGUCAUUAAAAAAACAUUUGGAUUAUUCAGUUUAUUCUUGACAAACCUGCCAUCAGACUAGACUGUGCGGUCAUUAGCGAAUCCUCUCUAUUCCAUUUGUUUCAUGAUCGGCAAAAUGGGAUUGUAAAUGUGUAACAAAGGACUGUUAAUAUUCUAAAUGAAGGUAUUUAUAUUGUAAUAUUUAUUGUAAUACCCAUGUUAUUAAUUAAAGGUUAUUGAUGUGCAUUAGCUAAUACCGGUAAGUGAUCCUACAUUCUAUACAACUCUGCUUUGCAGUGGUCCUUUUUGCAUUGCGAUGUUGAAUGACAAAUUAAAAUAAAUGAUGUGCAUAAUUUCUCA